GAGCGCGCGUGAGGGGGCAGCGAAGGGGCAGAGCCAAGCCCUAGCCUACGCUUGGGGCCAGGAGCUCCGGGGCGCCGCGCGCUCGCUUUCCUGGCAGGCGGGCCGGAUGGAACGUCGCGCUGGGCGUUGGAAGGUCGACCCGGGAGGCGCGCGCCCCUGGCGGAGCGGCGGCGGCGACAGCAGCGGGGAGCGUGUUGCUUCAUCUCCAGCCUGGGCCACAUAAAGAAAUACAAAACCUUAGAGCAUGUUUAUUGCAUGAGCAGAUCCAAGAAUGGACAUUAUAACCUAUGAUGAUUACUCCAGUCCACCGCUUCAGAGAUAUUGAGAGGAAACCUGAAUACCUUCAACCAGACAAGUGUGUUCCACCUCCUAGCAGUGGUUCCUCAGGAACAAUGUGGUUUAUUCGAGAUGGCUGUGGGAUCGCCUGCGCAGUCAUCACUUGGUUUUUGGUCUUCUAUGCAGACUUUGUAGUCAUCCUGGUUAUGCUGCUUCCAUCAAGAGACUAUAUUUACAGUGUGAUCAAUGGAACAGUUUUCAACGCAUUGGCUUUCCUGGCUCUGGCUUCACAUAUGCGAGCUAUGAUAACAGAUCCAGGUGCAGUGCCCAAAGGGAAUGCCACAAAAGAGUUCAUAGAAAGUUUACAGCUGAAGCCAGGACAAGUAGUUUACAAAUGUCCAAAAUGCUGUAGUAUCAAACCAGACAGAGCACAUCACUGCAGUGUUUGUAAGAGAUGUAUACGGAAAAUGGAUCACCACUGUCCAUGGGUCAACAACUGUGUAGGAGAGAAUAACCAGAAGUACUUUGUACUGUUUACAAUGUAUAUAGCACUAAUUUCCCUGCAUGCCCUUAUCAUGGUUGGAUUUCACUUCCUGUAUUGCUUUGAAGAAGACUGGACAAAAUGCAGUUCUUUCUCUCCACCAACUACUGUGAUCCUUCUCAUUCUCCUGUGUUUUGAGGCUCUUCUCUUUCUCAUCUUCACGUCUGUAAUGUUUGGAACUCAAGUACACUCCAUCUGCACUGAUGAAACGGGCAUAGAGCGACUUAAAAAACAGGAGCCAACUUGGGAAAAAGUCAGCGGCUGGGAAGGGAUGAAGCUGGCUUUCGGGGGUGAUCUUUCACUGCGAUGGUUCAGUCCUUUUUCAGACCUGAGUUGCAAGAAGUCUCCGCCAGCCGGCACAGCAACUGUUGCUCCCUCCGAAAUGGUGGUGCAGGAAGCUUUUGAGCAGCUUUCUGAUCAAGAGGUGGUUGUGGAUGUGUUAUGUGAAUGAUGCAAAGUGCCCUUAUUUACUUUUGACAAGUGUGCACUUGAGACUAAUUUUCAAGGGUUCCUGAUGCAUGAAACCAAGGAAGCUUUAUUGGUAUCCUGUCCAAGAAGCUUACUAAACAAAAGCAAUGCAUCUACAUUCCUAUUACAAUGUUGCGCUGUGCUGCGAAUGGGUUAACCAAGUUUCCAGAACUGUCCCAUGGAAACACUAACAAUUUGUCUAAAGUCAACCAUUCCUAAAAAUAGGUAAUAAGAAACCUGUUUCAGAGUCAGACUACCAAACCUUGGUUAACCCCUACUGAUCCACUAGCUGGGGUGGUAUGGUUCACACAAGGUACAGAGUUUGGCCAAGAAAACUGAGCCAAGGAGAAAAAUCUGGCUCCAGGAAUUUGACUCUGCGGGUCUAACAAAACCUUGUUCUCAUUCCUGCUCCAGGCAUUGAAACCAUUCAUUUUACAUUGAAGUCCCCACGGAGUCUUAAUAUGAUACACAUGAUUGCUAGAAGUAAUGGUUCUCUUGUGUCCAGAAUGGUAAAGAUUUGGUGCAAAGACCACUUGCUAGCAAAACCAGGAUUGAUUAUGACAGUUGCAGUUGUAGGAGAAAAAAGUUACGAUUAAUAGGGUUGGUAAUGAUAGAUAAACGCUACACUCUGUUGAACUCUUAAUGGUUGGAAUCAGUCAUUAGAACAUUUGUUUGCAAAUGUGCUGUUGAUCCCAAUCUCAAAUGCAUGUUGCAAAUGAGUAUAGAUUUGUAGGGACAAUGUUAAUGCACUCUGAGUCUCAAACUAGUUGUUUCCUGGAGCAAAAUGCUGAAGGAUGCGGCACAAUGGUGUGUGUCUCUGCAGGCACAAACAAUAAUGAUAAUGAUAAUUGUAGUGACUGCCUGAUUAGUUAGGUAGCAAAACCAUGAGCAAAUACACAUGUAUAGCUCAGAAGACUACUUAAUUUAAAUGUUUAAAGACAUGGUGUAUCUUUGAAGAAAGCAUGAUGGGCAGGGAAAGUUUAUUUCAGGGCCCAGUGAAUGGUCUGGAAGCAACGGAUCCAGCAGUAUAGUUGAAACUGACAUGGUCAGUAACCUGGGAGAACACUGGCUCACCAUAGAUAUUAAAAUUAGGGGCAUAGCUGAAAGCAGACUUGAAAGAUUAGCUGAAUAGGUUUCUCAGUCUUGGUUGUGUCAGUGUUUUUCAGUGUUGUGCUGUUUCUUGCCUUAUGAAGCUUAUCCUUUGGAAAAGCAUCAAGUCUGUUUAGUGCUUCCUGUUUACUUCCUGUAAAAUAGGGAACAUGGUGGUGAGGAAAUCUUUGUAAUAUAUUAGCUUAGUAGGGCUAGGAUCUGACAAACUGAUUUUCUUGAUAUGCAAGGAAGCUUUGGGUCUAAUGUUUAAACAUCUGUUCUUCAACAUUAGUGUCAACUGCAUAGAGUGUAUGGCAAACCUUCUUGAAAUGGCAUGGCGUUUCAAAAGUGUUGUAUGAUCUGGCAUUGAGGAAAAGGAUUUGCUUAUCAGAGUUAAGGGGGAAAGACAGAAAUACAUCCAAAGUAUUCUAACCUUUUCUUACAACGUUAAAGCUUUAUUUAUGAAACUGAAAAAAAUAUUUAAAAACCCAGCAAGUAGUUUUCUGCCUUUCAAAGAAGUAACUAAAAAAUGGGCCAGGAUUUUCACUGUUUAGGGCUAUGAAACCUUCAUAGCAUGCAUACCUAUAAAAGGGAAAAAAUGGCCAGCCUAGGGUUGUCCUGUAGAAUUCAAGAGUUUUGUGUUUUCCUUUAAACUCCCUGUUAAAGCUGGAAACCAAGCAGCUGCUCCUGCUUAUGCAUUCUUGUUCCUUUUUGCUUGUUCUCCUUCCCCAUUUACAGUCAUGAGCAGGAUCCUUGUCUGUCACUAGACGCUGCAUUACACUAAUCAGAUUGUUAGCCUUCUAGCAUGGUACAACUCUGGCUGGCAGCAUAUCCCCAAGAUGGAGAUUGGUGCCCAGGAUCUACUUGGAAAGCUCGCAUUUCUGUUUCUAAGGAUCUUCAGCAGCCACAGGUAGGAGAAAUGAGCAGAGAGCUGGGAACCAGUUGAAUGUCCUCUAGGUUGGCCUUACUGGCUGGGGAUGAUGGGAGUUGUAGUCCAAAGCAUCUUUGGGGCAGUCAGUUGGGGAAGCCUGCUAUAUAAAGGGAGAGGAAAGGGAUUGGUACUCAUUGGACUGGGUCCGCAGCUGGUGAACAAGUGCAAGGCCCUUCCAGCUCGAGAAUGCACUCUUGAUUUAUGCUGUUAGCCGUCCAGAGACAUUGGUAAUUGGACAGCAUACAAACUGAGAUUGAAAAGAAGAAAAUGUUCGACAUCCCACUUUUGGUAGUUCUCCUUGCAGGAGGACCCUGCACCUCUUCAUGUGCAGGUUUGCAGUGGGGUGAAGGGGAAACUAAAUUCUUUCUCUGGGUCAUAUGAAGGAGGUGGCCAGGGUAUAGGUUACAUUUGUGACACAUGUUUUGACAGAAAUCUAGGUAUUUCAUCUUUCCCUCUGUCAAGUUUUAUAUAGUUGUGGAAUUCAGUUGUAUCUCCAUCACCUUUUGUGUCUUUUCUGUACCCCAUUGAAAACAGAUAAAGAAGUAAGAGGAAAAAUCAAGCAAUAGUUACACAUUGAGAUUCUGUUGUAAGGUUCUUACAGAACAAUUUCCAUACUGCAUAAAAGUGCCUUAUUCGAGUCUAGGUGGUUUUUAUAAAGCUUUACAUAGAGAACUGAGACCAAAUGAUUUUACCAGAUACCAAGGUUAAUCUAUUAACCAAAGCUUUCUAAUUUUUGCCUUCUUUCUCAAACCAUUUUUGACAUGGUUAUGCUUUUAUCCACGAGCCUGUUAGGCUGGAGCCUAAGAAGGUGCUUCAAACUUAAUAGUCUCUCAAUUUGGGAAUCCAGUGUUUACAUUGCUAAGUGUAUUACUGCCUAUUCUGUGUAGCUCCAUUGAAGCCAACAGAACAAGCCUGCCUUAAAAUGCCUCACAUUAUGGAUCUAAGUAUUUGCAAAAGGAAAUCUUUGGAGGGGGAACUGAAGGAAGGAAAUGCUGUCACGGUGCUAAGCUCAUCACAAGGCCAUGCUAUUGUGCAGCCAGUUAGCCUGAGUUUUUGUUUCAAACCAGCAGAGUGAGACAGGCCACUGUUGUGAAAGCAUGGUAGGAUUAAAUGUGUCUUUCUUCAAAGACUGCAAUAAAUGAUCUCUUGGGGCUUAGCAUGUAGGGAAAAAAUUCUUGUAUUUUUGUGAGCACUUUCAGGCUGCAACAAUUGCCGUCCUAUGCAAUUAAAGUGUAUGUAUUUACCAAUGCUGGUGUUCUAUUUUUGCUCUUUGUAUCUCAUUUUCUGACUUCUACUGAGUAUAGUAAUUAUUAAAGAAUCACUAUUUUCAUCUCA